AUGCCGUCUGGAAGUCCAAGCAGGUCUCGCCGUUCGCGCCCACUACUUCGCCAGGCUACAUUUGUUCUCCCGAAAACAGGCCAGCGCCUCAAAGGUCUCAUCAAUCUCCGAAAUUCCUCCCCCGCCUCCAAUGAUAACAUCGACGAAAGACGCGCGCUUCUCACAAAUGAAAUUCAACAUUAUGAGGGUCCCUUUGACAAACUUGUGCGCUGGAUACAAGGACAAUGGGCACAGGCAAAUCAAUUUGUCAGGUCUGAACCAGGCAUUGGAGUCUUGAAGUACAGUCUCGCAUAUUUGCUCGGAUCUAUGGCAACAUUUAUUCCUGCAAUCUCGGCUUUUCUGGGCCAUCAGGAUGGAAAACACAUGGUGGCUACGGUCACAGUAUAUUUCCAUCCUGCUAGGUCUCAGGGAGGGAUGUUCAAGGCCUUGAUCUGUGCUUUUUUGGCGUUCUGCUAUUCGGCCUGCUUGACGAUUACAAGUAUGUUCGUGGAGAUGUUCUUCCAGGACACUCUGGAAUGGCCUGCCCUUGGCCAUGCAGUAGUUUUAAUAGUCUUCUGUGGCGGCGGACUUGGGUUUGUGGGCUGGACCAAGCAACGACUUGGAGAUCCUUUGGUGAAUGUUGCUUGUUCACUCACUUCCCUAUCUACAAUUACCGUCUUGACCAAGGAGGGUGCUGUCCAAAGCGGCGACUUAUCACUUGCCAAGAUCUUCCAAGUCUUGAAGAUGGUGCUGAUGGGCGUGGUGGCCGUUAUGGCUGUAUCCUUUUUCGUCUUCCCCAUCUCAGCGCGUAAAAAGCUGCGUGCAAAUCUUGCCACGGUCACUGAUACAUUGGCUCUUAUGAUGGCUCUUAUUACGGAAAGCUUUUUGAGCGGCUCCGAGGAGGUUCUUCUCUCGGAUGAGUUCAAAGAUGCUGAGGUGAGACACCGCAAGGCCUAUGGUCAGCUCGACCGGCUCGUCCGCGAAGGCAAACUUGAACAUUACGUGGCGGGGACGGAAAGAGAAUACAGACUCGAAAAGAACCUCGUCCGUUGGGUGCAAGACAUCACCCAUAACAUGGGAGGACUGCGUAAUGCAGCCUCUCUCCAGUUCAGUCUAAUUCGCGAGACAAUUGCUCGCGAGUCUGCCUCUAUGGAAGAUCAGCAAAGUGACUCGACUUAUGCGGAUUAUUUUACCCCCGUUGAGCGACCGUUGUCAUUUGUUGAAGGGUCUUAUUUGGAGCCUAUCGCUGAGCGAUCAGAGGAGGAAUUCUCUCCAGGUGGUUCUGUCCGUUCCCAUACAAAUGGAAGUCCGGGACCGACGCCCAAACCUGCACUUCUUCCAGCGGAUGUUUUUACUAUUUUUAUCUCUCAUCUGGGUCCCUCAAUGCGAUCGUUGGCCUUUACAAUGAAAGAAAUCUUCAAGGAGAUUCCCUUUGGACCUGCCCCAGACUACACAGUCUCGGUAAAUGGUCGACUGCGGAUCAGUCUUGAUCGGGCGCUUGAACUUUACAAGGAAUCUCGCGAGAAGACACUUGCGACCUUAUAUCAACAAAAGGAAACGAUGAAACUAAAGAACCGAGAAGCUGAAGCUGAUCUCGAGGAAGUUUCAGCCAGUUGUGGUCAAUUCAGCUUCUCCCUCGUUGAAUUUGGAGAGCAAUUGCAAGAGAUGCUGUCCAUUCUAGAUGAGCUGCAGCUGGAAGUAGAAGAGAGACCUAAUGGACGAUCCUGGUCAUGGCUUAAAGUCUGGCAGUGGUCAAAGAAGGCAGAGACUGCAAAAAUGAUUUCUAUCGAUGCUGAAGCAGGUUCCAGAGCUUCCGGUGCGCCUGUUCUAAACCAGAACUCUCACGGUCAUGCUCGACAUGCUUCAGAUGGCCUAAUUGCCUUUGAUAGCCUGCCUGUCAAGAUCCAAACCCCAACAAUUGCCCCGGCAAAAGGAACGGCAAAGCAAAGACUCGGGUACCGGUUAUGGAAAUGUCUUGGAUUCUUCCGACGGGAUGAUACGAAAUAUGCUAUCAAAGUUGGUGCCGGAGCUGCACUCUAUGCGUUGCCUGCUUUCUUACCUUCAACCCGCCCUUUCUAUGGACAUUGGCGUGGGGAGUGGGGUCUGUUGUCCUACAUGCUGGUUUGCUCAAUGACGAUUGGUGCCUCUAACACGACGGGAUAUGCCCGUUUUCUCGGUACUUGCUUGGGGGCAGUCGCUGCUAUCGUGGCAUGGGACGUCACAGGAGCAAAUUUAUAUGGCCUCGCGUUUUUGGGAUGGCUAAUGGCCAUCUGGACCGGGUAUAUCACUAUUGUUCGUGGUAAUGGGCCCAUGGGGCGGUUCAUCAUGCUCACUUACAAUCUAUCCGUACUAUAUGGCUAUUCUCUUGCUCAGAAGGAGGCAAAGCUCGACGAAGACGAAGGUGGUUCCAAUCCAAUCAUGAGCGAAAUCGCACUCCACCGGGUGGUUGCCGUGCUGUCCGGAUGCAUCUGGGGAAUUAUCAUCACUCGCAUGAUUUGGCCCAUCAGCGCAAGACGCAGGCUGAAGGAGAGUCUCAGUCUUAUUUGGCUACAUUUGAGUCUUGUCUGGAAGCGCGAUCCUUUGUCCAUCAUGGCCAAAGACGAAAAGUCCGUUGUAUACAUGACUCCCCGGGAGAAACUCGAGAUUGAAAGAUUCUUGGCUCGGUUGGAAUCUCUUCGGGCUGCAGCAAGCUCUGAAUUUGAAUUGAAGAGUGCAUUCCCUGAAUCCUCUUACACUAAUAUUGUCCGCCGUACACGCAACAUGGUGAACUCUUUCCAUACAAUGAACAUCGAGCUGAUGAAUAAUGAUAUUGCAACUGAAGGGGAGAUAUCCCUUCUUCGAUACACAGCAGUGGAGCGGCAACAGCUGUCUGCACGCGUGAGCCAUCUAUUAACAGUUAUUGCUUCAUCAAUGAAACUUGAAUACCCUCUAAGCGAUGUAUUGCCCAGCAUUGAGCAUGCCAGAGACCGGCUCCUCGCUCGCAUAUACCGCUAUCGCUUGGAUCGGGAAGCAUCUCGACAGACCACAGAUGAAGACUGUGCUCUGCUCUAUGCCUACAUUUUGGUGACAGGCCAAUUGUCGAAUGAGAUCACGGCGAUCAUUGCGGAGAUCGGAGAGCUCUUUGGGGUAUUGAGCGAAGACGUAGUGCAGCUAGCUUGA